AUGCAGCUCACCAGCAUUGCCAUCAUCCUCUUCGCCGCAAUGGGCGCCAUUGCCACCCCUAUCACGGCCGAGGCGGACAAUCUCGUUGCUCGGGAGGCGGAGCUUAGUAAAUACGGAGGAGAAUGCAGCGUUGAGCACAACACCUGCACAUACCUAAAGGGCGGAAAGGACCACAUUGUCAGUUGUCCUUCGGCUGCUAAUUUGAGGUGCAAGACUGAACGUCAUCACUGCGAAUACGACGAGCACCAUAAGACGGUCGAUUGCCAGACUCCUGUUUGA